GAGAUACGGUUCGGUGGGGUUGUUGUCGUCUGAUGUGGAAGCGAGGAUUGUGGAUCAGGAUACGGGUCGGGUCAUGGGUGUCAACCAAACGGGCGAGCUCUGGCUCAAAGGCCCCGCCAUUACAAAAGGUUAUUUUAGGAAUGAAGAAGCUACAAAAGAAACUAUUAAUUCACAAGGAUGGCUUAAAACUGGAGAUCUCUGCUGUAUCGAUGAUGAUGGAUUUCUUUUUAUAUUGGAUCGAUUGAAAGAAUUGAUCAAAUACAAAGCUAACCAGGUCCCUCCAGCUGAGCUAGAGGCUUUGCUAUAUACUCAUCCUGAAAUCGUCGAUGCUGCAGUAAUCCCGUAUCCAGACAGAGAAGUGGGGCAAUUUCCGAUGGCGUACGUUGUAAGGAAAACAGGGAGUUUCUUAUCAGAGAAGUCGAUAGUGGAGUUUGUAUCAAAGCAAGUAGCACCGUACAAGAGGAUACGAAAGGUGGCUUUCGUAUCUUCGAUACCAAAGAAUCCUUCGGGCAAGAUUCUGCGCAAGGAUCUCAUAAAGCUCGCAACUUCCAACUCCAAGCUUUGA